CUGGAAUCUUGGCCUUUCAACGGCAUACCAACUCGCGUUGGAGGGCUAUCGAAAUGUAGUCGUUGUCGAUCGCCACAUGCCCCCAGUUCCGGACGGCUCUAGUUCUGAUAUCUCCCGUGUCGUUCGGUUCGACUAUGCAGAUGAUGACUACCUCGAGCUUGCCUAUGAGGCUUAUUUGAAAUGGCGCGACAACCCCCGCUACAAGGGCAUUUUCUACCCCGCUGAAUACAUCCUGGUUGGCAAAACGAGCCCCUACGGACAGGAUUGGAUCACGAAAACAACGGCUGCACUUGAUCGGAUGAAGAUGCCCUGGUACAAGCUUGAAAGUGCAGCUUCUACCAAGAAGCAGUUCCCUGCUGUCACUCAACUCCGCGAUGACUGCUUUGAACUCGGUGUAUCAUUUAUUUGCGGUCGUGGAGGGACCGUAGUUGGAUUUGAAACUGACUCUCGCAAAGCUAUUAAAGCAGCUCGAACCCUGACCGGCAGUCGCAUUGAAGGAGACCAUUUUAUACUAUCAGCAGGUGCUUGGACGUCAGGCCUGGUACCCAUGUAUAAUUCGACUCUGUCGACCGCGCAAGUGCUGGGUUAUAUUCGGCUUACGCCCGCUGAGAUGGAGAAGUUCAAGAAUCUGCCAAUUUACUCCAACUUUUCGACUGGAUGGUUCAAUUUCCCCCCCUCAUGA